AUUCAACACAUCUUCAGCAAAUGAUCCUCACGACCGGAGCUGCUACCUGCAGUGAUUUCUCAGUCGUAGUAAACACGUAGGACGGAACGAGAGUGUGUCGAAUUUCCUAUUUGCUCUAACGCAAACAUGAAGAUCUUAUCGAAUUUUUAAAUACAGUGCCGAGAUUUUUCGACCAGUGGAGUUAAAGUUUCUGUGAUAUCGAUACAUAGUGAACACCGUCAAACAUGUCUUCUGUGAACAUUCCAAAAAAGUCUCACUUUGAGGCAAAGGUGCUGUUACGCAGUACCUCGUUUCAGAAGUUGUGCUCUAUACCGUACAAUUUCAAAAUAGAAGCAAUUCAAUCGUAUAAGGAACACAUCAAAACAGUCAUAAAACUGCUGAAGAUUGCAACGCGAGCUUAUGUGAUUUCGAUUUAUUUAAAAUGUAUGACUACCAUCCUCUUCAACGAAUACAUCUUUAAACUAUGUGCCCAACUGCAGGGUUACUAUCCAGCUGCAGGAGGUGAUAUUUUGGAAGCAUUGACAACCGUCACUCCGAAUAUUGCAAAUGUUCGACACAGCAUAAAGACAAAUAUUACAAAUUCGCAAAAGCCAACCAUCUUAAACUUGAUAAUACUUUAUAAAAAAGCUAUUCUCACUAUCCUGACCUACACCUGCAUUCUAUAUAUUGCACUACAAAUAAUUUCUUUGCUAACCGUCCUUUGGUGGUCCUCGAACAUACCGUUUGGCCUUGUGUUUCUUAUGCUGGAUUUGAGCUACAUGGGUUUCAUUAUGUCUAAGAUUGCAUUGUGCUGACCUUAUGAGCCAUAUUCAUGGUCUUACCAGCAGUACUGUUUAAUACACAACGCAUAUACUUGCAAAAGCAGAAUAAUUCUUAAAGCUACGAUUCCUCCAAAGUCAACGACAUUUUGAUAAGAAAACUAUCCUACCGAGAACCAUUGGCUAGAAAAAGAACAUGCGUCUCUGCAACAUCAUUUCUGCCAUACGAAACGUAAAGUGAACCGCAAAUUCGUCAAUCAAUCUACCGAAAACAGUAGUGGAAAGACAGUAGUCUCUUUUGUUAGUUUUUCCCGUAUACCAACAACAAUCACCACCCGCCGUACCACCCUCAACACAGUAGUAAAAUGUAUAAGCGACGGAUGGGAAAAAGAAAAUUUGAGUAAAUAAAGCGCUUAUACCUUACACAGAAA